ACCAAACAUGGAAUACCGCAGGACAAGCAAAUGCAGUACUUUAAAGACUUUAAAAAAAUCAUGUAUUCAAAAACCAAAGAUGAAGCUACAGAUAAUUAUAACGCAGCUAAAGCAAAUAUAUGUGACGAACACAACAGUUAUCAAACAUACUUAGAUGGGUAUUGGGAAAGGCGACACCUAUGGGCACUUCCUUAUCGAACCCGUAUGUUGAUACAGGGGCACCACACUAAUAACUACAGUGAAGCGUUCAUGAGGAUUUUGAAAGACUACAUUUUUGAGAGAAGAAAAGCGGUCAAUGUAGUGCACAUGGUCGACAUCAUACUCACAAGGGUGAAUUCUUAUUUUGAGAUGAAGCUGCUUGAUGCUGCUAACAGAGCAAGCCUGAAAUCUUUCCACGAGACCAUUAGGGUACCUACACCGGAAAUUCUGAGUAAGAUAAUGAUGAUUCAAGAAGGCUUUCUGUUGGUUCCAAGUGAGAGUAUAGAGAAUCGCUUCUAUGUAGUCAACAUGGCUGUGCUUGUUUGUAAUUGUCUUGAGGGCAAUACGGGCAAGAGAUGUAAACACAUUGAUUGGGCUAGUAUUGUUUACCGAUCAGAAAAGUAUGAAAAAGCUGUAAACAGUGAAGAAAUUCGUCGAAAGUAUUAUUUUAUAGCGACGGGUAAGCAGCCCCCCCAAAAUUGGCUGGAGCCUCUUCAUGGACCCCAAAAUACUGCAACAUUAAAUGAUGCUGAUGUGGAGCACAUUGAUACAGAGGAAGAGAGAGAUAAUGUGCUCCAGAUCAGCAUAGAUAAUACAGAAGAGAGACUUGAUGCUGAUGUGGGGCAAAUGGAUGCACAAGAAGAAAAACGUGAUGUUGAAGAAGAAAUACCAGACACAACACAUCUCAAAAACAUUUCCCACAAAACAAAUAUAAAUCUAUUAAACAGAGCAGUAGCUCAUCUCACAGAGCUAUCUAGUAGGUCACCGGAAGAGAUGACGAAGAGCUUUGAGGCUUUCCUCCUCCAAGUUGAAAAGAAGAAAACUCCAUCUGCCUGCGCUUCCAUGUUGUUGACGCUUGGUGAAGGCAAAGCGAGACAUAAUAUGAGAAAACGCAUUCCGAUACAAUCAACAUCAAUUGGAAGAAGAAAGAAGGUAGUGAAAAGAAAAAAUGCACACACCCAGAAAUUUUGAAUAUUCUAUCAAAGUGUGCUACUCCAUACAAAAGCCUUGCAUUUCCUAUUUAAUGGUUGUAUCCUAUUUUGUCUAAAACAUA